AUGAGCAGUUCUGCGGGCCAGUUGGCGUUGACUGCGGAAGAAUUGGCGGGAGAGGUCGAGCAGGCGGUGAUCGGGGGGAAUCCGCAGGAGGCGUUGCCCGCCGUGCUGGAGCGGACGAAGAGGGCUGCGUUGGGCGACGGCGACGGUGACGGUGACGAAGAGAAGGUACGCAGUGUUGCUGUUGCGCGGGUAUUCUGCGAUGCGCUCGUGGAGACGCUAAACCACAGCGCGGUGAGCGAGCAUGAGAAACCGCUGAUUGCAUCGCAGUACGUGCGGGCGGUAGUGCAACUCAGGGACACUGUACCAGGGCAUGUGCUACUCACGCUGAGUAAGAUGUACCCGUUCUUGUUUGACUUCGUCGCAAAGACAUCGCAGGAGUCCCUAUGGGAGAGUAUGUGUGACUGCAAGAGGUGGGCUGUGGGUAGGUGGCGCGACGUCACAGGUACCACAGACUUGUCGCAGGACGGCAACGGAAUCGGCGAGAAGCUUGCCCUCGUCAAGUUCUUUGCGCAGGUGACCAUCACGCAAACGAUACUUGCGCUCGAGAAAGACGACAGGGCGAAGGUGCCCCCGCAGUACCAGAUUCAUCUGGGCGCUGUCCCCGACGACCACCCGAUCAUCACAAACAAGCAGAAACUCGAGACAGAGGCAAAACAGUUACUCGACUUGAUGCUUUCGUAUCUGAUCGAGGAGCCCAUGAUGGUGUCCCCGCUGUUUAUGGGGCUGCUGAACUGCCUCGCGUCUGUCAUCAAAUUCAGACCGCAGACCACCAACAGAGUGUUAAACGGCGUCCUGAAAUUUAACGUGGACGCGAAGUUCCAAUUGGACGGAGUGUCCGUGCCACACUACAAGCUCGCCAAAAGGUUCGUCGAACGCUGCUACAAGAACUUUGCCAACUUUGGGAUCAAAAACAACCUCAUCAAACAGUCGACGCAGUACUACAACAAACUUGCGAAGAUUGCACAGGUUCUCCAUGGGAUCGGCGAAGAGACCAAAAGCAAAGGUGUGCUCGCGUUUGACCACGAGAGCGCGCAAAAUAAGAUCUCCGACGAACAAAGGGCCAGGUGCGUCGAGCAAAGGAGGAAGCUCGCUAAGAGGAGACAGCUACAGAGACAACAGGAGAAAGAGGCAGAGACCAAACAGAGAUUGACACGGUUACAAGCGUACACUAGAGCGAAAUCGUCGACGGUGUUCCUGAACACCUCGGCAGUUGCAUUAAAUAGCUCUUACAGUGCUGUAUACUCGUUGAUGAAUAGCGAACAUUCGGAGCAAGAUCUGUCGCAGUUACCAAGAGACGUGCUAGUCAAACUAACGACAGAGGCAAUGUACAGGGCGGAUACGAAGAGGCUGAUCACGGCUCUAUCAGUUGUCGCAUCUCGCUACACACAGUUGUUGAACAAAUCUAGUGGCAACGAUGUGACCGCUGAGGGUGGCAAUAAAAAGAGGAAAAACGAAUCCGCAGAUGAUGACACGGCAGACACGACAGCUCCUCGGUCCAAAAUCAUCAAGACGGAACCAUCGAGGGACAUCUCGGACACGGAGGACGCAGUGGACGACGUGAAGGAAACGGUUCCUUACGACACGCCGAUCACGUUUACCCCGAAACCCAUGGACGACGAGGCAAAGCUAAAGGUGACAGAAAAGAUUAUUAGCAAGAUCAUCAAAGUCCGAGACAGCGAGGAUGCACCAGUGCUGGUCUUGCAGCAGCAGAAGUUAGAGACUGAGAGCCCGCUUGAACAGGUCCGGCUGCUGCAUUGGAACAACGCCGAGUCCUGGUACCAUAUCCUGAUUCGACUGGCGACGAGGGGUACCCGCAGCAGCAGGCCGAUAAGCGACAAGAUCCGGGCCGAACUGUUGCAGUGGUUGCUGCAGGACUUCAACGGGAAGGCUGCUGUGAUGGUUGAGUGGAUGAACGAGGAGUGGUUUGCGGAUAAACUGUUUGCAGAGACAGAACCGCGGUACGAAGAAUGGUCGUUACGGUUGUUGGAUGAGCUGAUCCCCUUCCUAGAGAAUAAGCACAGGAGGAUUUUUAUCAGGCUGAUGAGUGAGCUGCCACAGCUCUCGGAGAAGCACAUAGAGCGCAUAAAACCGAUUCUCUUGGACCCUGGUAGGAGCGCUCUCGGGCUACAAACGUUAAAGUUCUUGAUCAUGUUCAGGAACCCAGUCAAGACCAUGAUCAAGGACCUGUUGAACCAAGUGAUGGAGGAGGACGCGACGCUCAAGGAACAGUGCCGCGCAUUACUCGAAAAGUACUACAAGUAG